UACCCCCUUCCUGCCCAGGCCAAUUUCCAGCUUUCAGCGCUUGCCAUUAGCAUACUGUCAGUGCUUUUUAUUAGCACUGAUCACUGUAUUGGUGUCACUGGUCAUUUCCCCCCAGUGUCACAGUCCUGCGAUCUUGCUUUAAGUUGCUGAUCGCCGCUAUUACUAGAAAAAAAAAAUCCCAGUAUAUAUACCGCCAUAUGUAAAUGAUAUAACUUUCACGUAAACCAAUUAAUUUACACGUAUUGGGAUUUUUUUUAGUAAAGACAUGCA